GUUUUAGUCAUUACCAAUGGUGGGUAAUGUAUGCUGCCUGAAACAUUGAGACCUAUCACUUCUUCCAAGGAGCCUUUUUAAGCUGAGAUAGACGGACCGUACAGCCGGAGGCUGCCAGAGCCAAUUCUGGGACGAGCUUAGGUAAAGUGGCAAGCUGAAACCCUGAAAGUUUGAGAGUUCAUCAGAGGCCGUGACGUAAGAGUCAGAUGACUCUUAAAAACUUUUUUUGAGCUAAAAGAGCUUUAAAUCGACCAGCAGUGAUUGUACAGGCUGGAGAAAGGUUCCUCUUUCACCUAGAAGUGGAGCAACACUCGGCUGAUAAGUUUUACUCCCUCCGAUCUGACCAAGUCCACGGUUUCUACCAAGACUUUUUGCUGGUUGAAACAGGAUGGGUGACUGGAGUGCUCUAGGAAGACUUCUGAAUAAAGCACAGUCUUAUUUGACUCCCGGAGGUAAAAUAUGGCUCUCUGUGCUUUUCAUCUUUCGUCUCCUGGUCCUGGGGACUGCUGUUGAAUCUGCCUGGAGUGAUGAACAAUCUGCGUUCGAGUGCAACACACUGCAACCAGGUUGUGAGAAUGUCUGCUAUGACAAAUCCUUCCCUAUCUCCCACAUUCGACUCUGGGUCCUUCAGAUUAUUUUUGUCUCAACACCCACUCUGAUCUACCUAGCCCAUGUCUUUCUCAUCUCUCAUAAAGAGAAAAGAAUAUCUAAGAAAGAAAAAUAUUUAAAGAUGCUCCAAGAAGAUGGUGAGGAUGUUGGCCUCGCCUUGAAACAGUUAGAACUAAAGAAAGUCAAAUAUGGUCUGGAGGAGGAAGGCAGAAUUAAAAUUAAAGGAUCUCUUAUGCAUACUUAUGCAGCCAGUAUAAUCUUUAAAAUAAUUUUUGAAGUGACUUUUAUUUUAAUUCAGUGGUGCAUUUAUGGUUUCAAAUUCAUGCUGGAUGCAAUUUACACUUGCGAGAGGUAUCCAUGCCCACACAGAGUUGACUGCUUCCUCUCGCGACCCACAGAGAAGACCGUCUUUGUCAUAUUUAUGUUGGUGGUGUCCGUUGGUUCAGCUUUGCUGAACCUGACAGAGCUGUUCUAUAUUAUCUUCAAAACUUUAGCAGAUCGUGUUAAACAAAAUAGCCAUUUAUUUCAUGGUUCUCAAAAAAUGGGCUUGAAUCCUCUCAAAGACUCGUCCUCAUCAAAGUAUGCCUAUUAUAAUGGGUGUUCCCCACCAACAGCUCCCAUGUCCCCUCCUGGAUACAAGCUUGCUACUGGGGACAGGAAUAUGUCCUCCUGCAGAAGCUACAAUAAGCAAGCUAAUGAACAGAACUGGGCAAAUUACAGCACCGAACAAAACCGGAUUGGUCAGGCUGGUAGCACCAUUUCCAACUCCCAUGCACAGGCAUUUGAUUUUCAUGGUGAACAUCCAACCAUACAAAAGCUACCAUCAGUAACUGAGAUGCAGCCUAUUGGUCUCACGGAACAGAGACCACCCAGUAGAACCAGCAGCAGAGGGAGUAGCAGGCCACGACCGGAUGACCUUGAGGUCUAGCCGGUUUAUUCAUUCAAGACAUUGCCUCAUUUCUACAGUAUGAAUAGACACAUUAUUUUUUCUGGAAGUGCACCCUAGAAGUUGGUACUAAGUAGCUAUGAGGUAUGCUCAGCAUCAACUAACAAUUCAGUGGCAUUUCCUCUUAAAUACUACCAUGCUAAGGCACAACAAAUAUCUUAUUUUUGAGGAUGUGCAUUCCAGUAAAACCAUUUAAGAAAAGCCCAGCUGAAAAAUUUUGUAAAUCCUUACAGUGAAGACGUUUUGCUGAUCUUACACAUUCUUUGCCACAUUCUUGGAUUUUGCCAAAGUAUUUCUUCUAAGACCCUUUAAAAUUUGACCUCCUUUAGAUAUGACUGAAGCCCAGUAAUAACAUUCCAAGAUACCAUCCUGUACUUUGAAGCUUUCCUCUGUUCAGAAUGAAAUAUCUCUUUUGCAGCAAUGGUUUAACACAAUAAAAUAAUUCAAUUCUGGACACACUUCAAAAUAAUUUGGACAAAGAUUAUGUUAGAGUUAAAUAAAAAUCAGAAACCAUGGAGAUUUCUUCCAAUUCAUAUGUAUCAGGCUUCUCACUUCGCAUUUGGAAUUAUUUAUCCAGUAAUACACUUUUCCAUGCACUUUCAUAUAUCUCUUUACUUAGUGAAUUUUUGAUAUUUUAUCUAACUUUAUAUCAAAUCACAAAUUCAACAGAACACUUUUCCAAAACUGCCCAUUUUUUUGACUUGUUUAUAAAUAAAAAUGUGCAUGGCUGAAUAAAGAGGAACUUCAUAGUUAAUACAAUUAAAAUCACGAUUAAUUCUUUGAAGAUUUUAAACAAAAGAACUUUGUAGAUCAAAUAAAUGUUUUAUAGCCUUUUAACAAAACUAUCAAUUUUGUUCAAACAUUCUUUAUUUAAAGUAGACCCUAAUGAACAGUAAGCGUAAAGCAUUCUGGAAAAGGGUUGCAUGGUGAUGAUUCCUAAAUAUUUGUAUGUUUUUGAAGAAUUUGUCUGACAAUGGAGCCUAUCUGUGUGUUUCUUUAAAUAUCUGUGUAAGUUUAGCAAGUCUAGUUCCACUGUCUUAGCCUAGUAGUAUGAAUAAUUUUGUAUCCAGGGAGGAUACUAUGGUUUGUUUGAGAAAGGUAAGAAUGAUUUGUUAAUUUGUGCUAAGCGAUAGUAACUCGGUCCUUGGUGUGAAUAAGAAUUUUAAAAAAAAAUUAAUCAUCGCUGUGAUAGAGGUUGUAGUACUGUUUUAGUACUUUUGAAGUGAAGUUAUCAGCAGUAUGAGAAACCUAUAGUCAAUGUGCUUAGUGCUGGACUAAUAUUUAGUCAACAAGUAAUAAAGGUAUUCGCCAAUAUAGCAUCACAAAUAUCUACAUUCACCAAACCAUAUUAUUCUGAUCUUGUAAAUAGCUUAUCCAUAAUGUCACAUAAUCAGUUCUAAAACAUCAGUUCUAAGGUUUGACUUGGCCCUCAUGCAUCCAAGUUUAGUUUAUUACUUUAGCUAUAAUGGCGUUUGCACUGAAACUUUAUAUUUGCUUAGAAUGCACAAUGGCGCUGAAAGGUGUUACAAGUUGUCAAGUAGUGUGCAUGUAACUAUUUAUUUUGAAGCAGAAGAUUCAUGUCUCCUUCCAAUAGCUCAUUCAAAUAACUUAGAAAAAACUUAUCCAUGGUUUGAUCCAUUUUCAGUCGUAUUUAUCUUUUAAAGGCAAUUAUUGGAAAAUCCUCAAGUUUUGUGACCAUUCAGUAAAUAAAUGAGAAGCUUCACUAAUUUGUGCUCAGAAUGCCUGAGUGUGAAGUUGUUGCCUGAUGCCUGUUUCGGCUGUCAGGUGCACUUCUACAGGACAAUCCAUAAACAGUCAUCCGUGUUACUGGUAAACAGUUCUUGGCAAAAAAACUGAUGUUUAUCCAUUAAGAAAAGCACAUGAAACAGUGAUGUUCUCACUUACCAGAACUGUUUUUGUAAAGUGCUGGUCAGUAUUUUCUAGUUUUUCAUUUAACAUUCCAUGUUAACUCACUGACGAGCAGCCCCACCUGUACUGAGACUUAUACAAUUGUUGUUACCAUGCAUAUGAGCAAUCUCCUGUUCAUUAAAACCUGAUAACUUAAAACAAUAAAGUGACUUUUUCCUAAA